GAAACGGGAAAGCAAAUGGCCACAACUACAUGGAUGAAGAGCAAAACCAACCAGUCGAGAUUGAAAGUCCAGAACAUGACCUUCAAGGAGGGGCAGGAGUUCAAGGUCCGCAUCAAGCCCCAGGACUCGUGCAAUUCCUUCGCCAUCAACAUCGGCCACGACCCGGAGAACGUGGCGAUGCACUUCAACGCACGCUUCGACUGCAGCGGCGACACCAACACCAUCGUCUUCAACUCGCUGUCCGGGGGCAGCUGGGGCGACGAGAUCCGCGAUGGGAACUUCCCCUUCGUGCGCGGCGAGGAAUGCAAGUUCCACAUCAACUUCAACUACGACCAGUUCUACAUCAAGCUGCCCAACGGCUCCAUGCUCAACUUCCCCAACCGGCUGGGAGACGGAAAGUACCAGUACUUCGACGUGAGCGGGGACGCCCGGAUCGUCGGCAUCAAGAUCAAGUAGACGUCCUCCGCUGUGUCUCUGCGUUGCUGCAAUAGUGACUGUGUGUAACAGUGUGUUGUGCAGCUUUACACUAAAAGUCACACCAGCAGCGAGUGGUACCGAGAUGAAGU